AUGCAAGCAGAUAUUACAUCUGGAAAUCGUGAUUUCAAUAUUGACGUCGUAACGAAAUUUUUUGAAGAGUCACUCGUAAAUGACAAUGACGUCAGAUUGCCAUCAUACAUUAAUGCCUUCAGAGAACUUAACAAAUUUAUCGCACUACUUGGCAAGGGAUUCAAUUUUAUUGAAAAAGAUUUAUUGGAAAAAGAAAAAAUCCUAAAUGAUUUAUAUGUGCUGGACUCUUCUCAUUAUGCCACUGUCAACAGCAUGAUUUCGUGUGAAUCUCGUUCAGCUCAGUCAUCGAGAAAAGGAUCAAGAACACUGCUACGACUGCAUAGAGCACUUUUAUUUAUCACUGAUUUUUUGAAGAAUUUGAAUCAAUCCCGCGAAGGAGAUCAAAUCUCGGCAUUAUGUCAAUCUAGUUAUGAUAAUACUCUUUCAAAACACCAUAGUUGGAUUAUCAGGCAAUGUGUUCGAGUAGCAACUCGUUUCCUCGCUUCACGAGAUAUUUUAUUGAAAGCAGUUAACGAUGGGAAAAUGUUCAAAAAUGAACUAGAAGUUCAGCAGGCAAUUACUAAGCUUGUAACCGCUGCAGAACAAGUUUAUGGUCGCGUACAACAAAUUUAUAAGAACGAAAAUAUUUUGGAUCUUCCGUGA